GAAAGACCUAACGCUAAUUGCUAUGUCUGUGCAUAUAUUCAAUAGUUGGCUCACAAACUUCGUACGCCUAUAUACGGCACUAAAGAAACGCUGGUUCCACGCCGGACUCCGUCCAAUUAGCGCCACCACCCCUAUAACUACACCCCCCUAUGAACACUUCACACAAAUUGGAGAUCCCGUAUUACGAGGGCGAGCCGCGGAAGUGCCUGCAGACAAAAUCGAUAGUGAGGAGAUCAAUGGAAUUAUAGAGCGCAUGGUUAAAGUGCUGCGCCACUAUGAUUGCGUGGGCGUGGCAGCGCCCCAAAUCGGUAUUCCCUUGCGCAUCAUUGUAAUGGAGUUUGCAGAACGCAAGCGCCAGCAAUUUACGGCUGAAACCUACGCAGCGCGAAAAAUGUCAACAUUGCCGCUAACUGUAUUCAUAAAUCCGGAACUGGAGAUAAUAAGCGAGGUUAAGCACAAACAACCGGAGGGCUGUAUGAGCGUUCGCGGCUACGCAGCCGAAGUUGCACGUUACGAUCGCGUUAAAGUAUCGGGCGUGGGAAAACUGGGCACUUCUUCGGAAAUUGUAUUGGAAGGAUGGAGCGCACGGAUUGCUCAACACGAAGUGGAUCACUUAAAUGGCGUUAUAUAUAUAGAUCGCAUGGAUUCCUCCAGUUUUUGUUGCCUAUCGUGGCAGCAAGUUAACGCAGCAGGUGGACACGCGUCGAUUGUGUUUGACAAAUAGUAUGUAAAUUUUUUGCUGAUGGGGACACUGAUACAAAGGCUCCACAAUUAAAUAUUAAUAGAGUUGCCUAUUAGAUUUUGUUACGCUGGAUUGUUGUACAAAAUAAAUAUUUAAACAGUUAACAGUUAAA